UUUGCACGAUGUUUGGUGGUCGUGGUGGUAACUUUCGUAGCGACGUUUGGUAUGCUCCUCGGCAGGACAACUACCGUUCUCGUGGCCAGGGAAAUUCUUCUGGUGGCGGGUCCAACUAUCGCAACAACAAUUCUGGUAGCAAUGCAUCGAGGCGUGGCGGGAAAUCUGAUUCCGAGUCUACGAUAUGCAAGCAUCAUGCGUACAACGAGCACUGUCGGUUUGGUGCGAAGUGCAUCUAUCGUCAUACAUUACGACGAUUACUCUAUUUAAGUGACGUUUGUCCGAAGGGCGUUACUGCUAUUGCGUUAUGCCAUGUGAGCGACUCUCGACUUGAUAUUUUUGCCGUUGGUCAGGGUACUAGUGUCCGUCGUCUGUCACUUUUGGGUGACAUGUCUGGUGGCGUAUCUCUUAUGGAGCAGCGCACGUUUACCUUGAAUUUGCAAGACGCUUUGAAGCAUCCCUAUCAGCCUCGCAAUCGUCGUUCCAGUGACCAGUAUUUCUACAGUUUGGAGUGUAUAAACGACUGUUUAUUUACUGGUAUUCGCACGGGUCACAUAUCGGUGUAUCACAUUCCCACUGGUACUUCCACAUUGAUUUUUGGCCACACCUCUCCUGUUGUUUCUGUGAUACUGGUUGAUCCUGCUGUGAUUAGCGCCUGUGACUCCGGUAAGAUUUGCAUUUGGAGUUUCGACAGUGUAUCGAAUAGUUUUUCAUGUGUGAACUCCCUUGAGACCAACAGUACGUUAUCCUGUUUAAUCGAGGUGACGGACGGUGUUAACCGUCGUUUAUGGGCUGGUGGCAGUGCCAUUACUGUUAUCGACCUUGCUACGUUAUCGGUAGUUCGUACAUUUCCUAUUCCCAAUGGCGACUUUGUCAAGAGCAUGUUGCGUUACGGCCAGCAUGUGAUUGUGGCUUUGCAAUCUGGUGACAGUGUUGUCUUGGAUGGUAAUGCUGAGCUGGUCUAUAGGAAUGCCGGUGAUGGCGUUGUACUUACCGCUAUGAGCGGUAUGCAGAGUGAGCAAGGUGACUUACUGUUACUUGGCAAUAAGAAUGGAUUUUUAAGUUUAUGGCACCUUCCGGCAUUUACACUCGAUGGCGUUUUAAGUUGCGGUUCUGAGGGUUCUCGUAACUACAAGUGGCCUGGCAUAUCUGCGAUAACGUCGCUGGGCGGCGGUAUGUUUGUCACGGCUGGUUAUGAUGGCAAUAUGCAUAUAUUCCGUUACACAACGAAUCCCGAAACUUCAUUUAAACCACAGUAAGCUUGAAUCACGUAUGUUACAUGUGGUAUUACU